AUGGGGAAGUCGUCAAAAGACAAGAGGGACGCCUACUAUCGGCUGGCCAAGGAGCAAGGAUGGCGGGCAAGGAGCGCCUUCAAGCUGCUUCAGCUUGACGAGGAGUUCAACCUGUUUGAGGGUGUCACCCGGGUCGUCGAUCUCUGCGCCGCCCCCGGCAGCUGGUCGCAAGUGCUUUCCAGAGUGCUUAUCAAAGGCGAGAAGUUCGGCCGCUGCGCAUGGCAGGACCGGGAGGCUAAGUUUCGCCGGCACAUGCUCAAUAUUGUCCCUCCAGCAGACGGGGCCCCUGAGCAGGACGAGCCAGCAUCACCACCAAAAGACACGCCUGCCAGCGAAGGCCCGAGGCCACAACGCGAAGUCAAGAUCGUGUCCAUCGAUCUCCAGCCCAUCAGCCCGCUUCCCGGCAUCAUCACGCUCCGGGCCGACAUCACCCAUCCUGCCACCGUCCCUCUGCUGCUCAAGGCGCUGGACCCGGACUACGACCCCAGCACGAUGAACCAGCAGGCCUCGCAGCCCGUGGACCUCGUCAUCAGCGACGGCGCGCCCGACGUCACCGGCCUCCACGACCUCGACAUCUACGUGCAAUCGCAGCUGCUGUUUGCCGCCCUCAACCUGGCCUUGUGCGUGCUGAAACCCGGCGGCAAGUUCGUCGCCAAGAUCUUCCGGGGUCGAAACGUCGACCUGCUCUACGCGCAGCUGAAGAUCUUCUUCGAGAAGGUCUACGUCGCGAAGCCGCGCUCGUCGCGGGCGAGCAGCGUGGAGGCCUUUAUCGUGUGCGUCAACUUCCAGCCGCCCGAGGGCUUCAAGGCCAGCCUGGAGGAGCCGCUUGGCGUCGGCAGCCGGCUGCCCAAGAUGCUGGCAGCCAGGAACGCCGCAGCUCCGAUCACUGCGCCAGUGCUGAUGCAAAACCACUCGUCCGGGGCGUGGGAUUUCUCGCCCGAGCCCGCCGCGACCGCGGACGAGCACGGGAUCUAUGACGUUGCGGUCGAAGACCUGUCCAGCGGGCCGCGCGACGGGGAUGUCCGGUGGAUUGCUCCGUUCGUCGCGUGCGGCGACCUAUCUGCCUUCGACUCGGACGCCUCCUACAAGCUGCCGGACGACCACGUCUCCCUCGACCCGGUGCAGCCGCCCACCGCGCCGCCGUACAAGCGUGCGCUCGAGCUGCGGCGAGCCAACGGCGGUGCGUACGGGAAGCCGCCGCCAAUUAAAUAG